AUGCAUCCCCAUUUGCAUACAAAAGACAACAUCGGCGACCUGGAAACUAAUAUAUCGGCUUCACAUGUAGCUUGCGAGGAGGUCAUGACCGCACUCGAAGAAUGCCACGCACGCGGCUUUCUCUGGAAGUCCCUCGGCAUGUGCAGCGAUGCGAAGCAGCAGGUCAACAUGUGCCUACGCGCCGAGAGACUGAAGCGCACAGCAGCGAACCGCGAAGCCGCCAAGGUCAAGAGGGACAAGAUCAAGAAAGUAUGGGCUGAAAUCGACGAGAACACCUAG